GCAGUUUUCACAGUGAUGAGUGGUUUCUAUCGUAGUCAGAGGGUUCGUUCUUCAGUUAGUCUGCUUUUCAAACGUAGUUGUUAAACCUUAACUUCCCCUGUUAGUGUGGUUAAGUUAACUUUUUUCGCUUCUUUAUCUUAGGAUCCUUUCUAAUCUUAGAAAAAGGCCAAUGAGAGCCAAAACGUCGAUUAUUUUCAUUUAGUUUUCACCAGUUAUUUGCCUUGUUUUACUUUUUCUGUCAACUGUCGAGAGUGGUGAUGCUCCCUAAAAAACACUACAGCACCCUUGUUAACCAGACUGUUAAUUAAAAGUGAGAUAGCCGCAUCAAAAGCAGCGUCCAGGAGACACAAUCAAUAUGUGUAGCUCCUGCUCGACUAUUUGACUGAAUAUAAUAACCACUGUGACUAAGUAUUUCACACACUGCAUCUUAAUUUAGAUCUACAUCCGUCAUAAUAGAGCAGGUGGCGGCAUAUUGACCACUGAAUAUGUGUUAUCAGUUACAAUCAAAAUCUCUUUAACAUCGACUAUUAUUCAUUCGUUUAGCUUGAUUGAGGUGCGUUUCAUUUUUGCGACUGGUAAUUUUUUGUCAUAAACUCGGCUUAAACGCUCAGUGUACAGGGAGGGAUAUGGCUAUGUUUUUCCACACCAAACAGAAAUCCCGUAAAAGUGCGAAGCGACAAACAAAGAACAAGCUGCCCAAAUUAAUGGCGAUAGAAGCUCAAGUUAGAGACUUCUUCCCCUUCAAGAUAAGACCAAACUCCUCAAAAACAAAUACCACAAAAUGUGAGGACACACAAACCACGUCAAUAAAUAUCACAACAACAAAUACUAUAUCUGAGAGAACACAACCAACUCCACGAAUACCUUCCCAAAAAGUAACGAUACAGCCAAAGCCCCAAAUCAUCAUAAGUGAAGAUCCGGAAACUUAUCCGGACUUGGAUAACCUAAAAACUCCUAAACAUGAUCUCCGGAGGAAAACUCCGGAAUUCCGACGGAAGACGCCGGAGAGGCAGAUGUUGUACAAACACUACGCUCCGUACUACGAGGAUUACUGUAAGAGGACCCUGUCCAGGAGCCUUACUAAUGUCAGUGAUUAUGUGUUUCGUUGGACGUUUGAUAGUACUAGAUACAGUGUCGCUACAUCGGAAACAAGAUCUUCUAAGAGCGAGCUGACACACAAACCGAAGCUUGGACCGCUCCACCACUCAAAACCAGACGACCCCACUCCUCUCAACCCCAACAAACCUCAUAACCUGGAAAUAGUCCCCCGGAAACUUUACCUGGCACGACCAAUCAGCCUGAACUACCCUCACAACAACAUCCCUCCGCAAGACAGCACCAACCUAGUGCCUGCUUCUGUGAUGGUUCCCUCGGUAACCGCCUCCCCUCACCUACUGCUAGACCUCAACAAGUGCACCAAGUUCAGGAUCACUCUUAAGGAUCUGAGCAGUGCCAGUGAGCGGAUCUACAGGAUCCACAGUUUGAGGGCGAGUAGGAAUGUACGGGAGAGUGUGUGGGUGCCCUCUAAAGCUGUUGUCAGUGAGGACAGGUGACACGUGUUAUACUACCACGUGGGGGUCACGUGGGCUCGUGACGCGCAUCACGUGUCCUCAAACAGGACAUGUGACAUGUGUUCAGGAGUACAAUUUGGAAGAGAAACUAGAAUCUAAAUUGGGACUCCUAUCGAACCGAACUAUAAAAACAGAGUACCGUCUGGCGUGACCCGGUAAAGGACCUGUGAAGUAUUACUUCAUCAAAUUUAAAUCAGCUUCAUUGAAUUGCUAUAAUGUCAAACACAAGAUAAUAUUCUACAAGAUAUAAACGGUGUACCCAUGACAGUGCACUCAGCGGGAGUGUAGCCCCACGGUUCGUAGUAAGAAGGGAACACUCCCAGAUGACAACCCCUCACAAACUCCGGGUAGUCUAUGUUGAGGAGAGGACUUGUUGUCGAGAGGAACUCUGGGUGGUAGAUUACCUGCGGAUAAUGUCUUGUGUGAACGUAUGCGGAGAAUAAUUUCUUGUGUAAUCGGUUAUCAUUGGAUGGUAGAAGUAUUUGGAAUCGUCAAUUGCAAAAGUUUUGAAAGAAACAAAUUGCUCAGUCACUGAAGGACACUGUAUGAGAUGGUCACCUUGACUUUAUCAGCGUGAUGGUUGAACAGUCGAACUUUUUUAAUAUGGUUCAUUAUUUCACUGCCCCUUUCGUUGACUAAGUUAUGGGUGACGAUAGGUGGAAGGGAGGAAGGUUUGGAAUGGUAGAGGUAGUUCUUGAGGAGCACUUCGUCAUCUCGUGUCAACAGUUUCUCUGUUGGUAGCUGGCCCCUGGGUAAUGAAAUAUCUUGUUAGCUAAAUUAUGAAUUAUAUGAUCAAUUAUAGAAAUUGUUUUUAAAAAAGAGGCACCGUCGUGAGACCGGGCGAAACUGACCUGAGGACGGUCUGGAAGAUUCUGUCGCCGAUACUCUUCUGUAUCUUUUCAACACUUUCCUUGAGCUUCUUGUGCUGAGCCUGGCCGUUCAGAGAGUCUAUGUUGUAAUUGUUUGUUUCCUCCGGGAAUAUAAGGAACGCUGAAAUUGUAGUUUUGAAUUUUAGCGCUUUUUGUAACAGACACUCACCAAUUGCGAUAUUUGAUAAUUAUAAGUUGCUAGUUUGAAUCAAGUUCGAUGCAGUGAACGUUGGAAUUCAGAUAAUGAGAAUGGAAUUUUCAUACGUAUGCAAUUUUGUGAGUUAAUUCUCACACGAACAGAUAUUCUAAACUAAUUCCGUUUCUAUAAUCUGCAAUAUUAUAAAAUUUGUAUUACCAACGACAGUGACAUCACAAUUAUCCCGCUUCAAAAAGUAGUUCAGUUUUGCUAAUCCUUCCAGG